AUGUUGCUUACCAAACUUCUCGUUAUUGCAAAACUAUUUGGAGUUGUGUUUACAAUCCGAUGCUUUAGUGGAAUGCAAGGAUCGGUGAAUGGAGAUGCCAUUGGAGAGAUUGAAAUACUGGAUUGCAACGGAACCGAUUUUUGUGUAAAACUGCCUUCACAUGGACAUGUUGGUCGAAAACAUUAUGAAGGGGCUCAGUACAGCUGCGAUUUUGGAACUUGUCAACCUUCUCCAGCUUCAACUAUCACCUGUGAACCUCCUCCAUCUUCAACCAUCACCUCUGAACCUACUCCAUCUUCAACUUUCACCUCUGAACCUCCUCCGGCGUCAACUUUCACCGCUGAACCUACUCCAUCUCUACCUAUCACGUCUGAACCUCCUCCAUCUUUAACUAUUACCUCUGAACCUCCUCCAUCUUUAACUUUCACCGCUGAACCUACUCCAUCUCUACCUUUCACGUCUGAACCUCCUCCAUCUUUAACUAUUACCUCUGAACCUUCUCCAUCUUUAACUAUCACCUCUGAACCUCCUCCAUCUUUGACUAUCACCUCUGAACCUCCUCCAUAUUCAACUAUCACGUUUGAGCCUCCUCCAUCUUCCACCAUCACCUCUGAACCUCCUCCAGCUUCAACUAUCACCUCUGAACCUCCUCCAUCUUCAACCAUCACCUGUGAAUCUUCUCCAGCUUCAAAUAUCACUUCUGAACCUACACCAUCUUCAACUAUCACCUCUGUACCUACCACAGUUUCAACUUUAACCUCUGAACCUCCUCCGGCGUCAAAUUUUACCGCUGAACCUACUCCAUCUCUACCAGAGAUGAGCGGAAGAGAUUUACGGAAAUUUACGGAAGACGUUUUAUCUUCGAAAUGA